AUGGAGUCUGAGAUGGAAAAAAGACAUGAUCCUGGAGAUUCAUGGGGUUCUAUUGACAAAGACCCAGGAGAAUUUACCCCCUCCAACCCUCCAGAUGGUGGAUGGGGAUGGGCAAUAGUAGUCAGUUCUUUUUUGUAUAAUGCAGUCGUCGAUGGGCUAGCUUAUUCUUUCGGGGUUCUUUUACCAAAAUGGGUUCACGUUUUUAAAGAAUCCAGAGGAAAAGUGGCUUUGGUUGGAUCAUUGUUGGCCGGCAUGUAUAUGUGCGCAGGUCCUUUAGUAAGUGGAAUGACUAACAAAUUCGGUUGACGAGCUGUAACAAUUACAGGAAGCAUAUUUGCAACUACGGCAUUUCUGGUUGCAUCGUUUUCUGAUAGUAUCACAACUCUUCUUCUGACGUAUGGGUUUUUAGGAGGUCUAGGAUUUGGAUUCAUAUAUCUUCCUUCCAUUGUGGUAGUGGGAUAUUAUUUCGAAAAGAAACGUGCUUUAGCAACCGGAAUAGCACUGUGUGGUUCUGGUAUUGGUACUUUACUGUUUGCAACUGCUAACGCUUACAUGUUGGAGGUUUAUUGCUGGAGAAGCUUAGUAAUGAUUCAAGCUGGUAUUGUUCUCAAUGCUAGUGUUUUUGGUAUGCUGAUGAGGCCGCUUGGGUCAUCAAAGAAACAAUCACUCAUCAAAGCACAAACCAAAAAAUCAGGAAAAAAGACAGCGAAUAUUAGGAAACAUAAUGCCCACGAAGACUCAUGGCGAAUGGAUGAGGAUGAAUUAACUGACCUCAAAGAGUUCAACAAUAGAGCAGAGAAAGAAAAUAACAGCAAGGAGGAGGGGAAACUCGUCUCGUCCGAUUCCCAAUCACUAAACGACCAUAAAGAUAAAGCCAAUAAUCAUCCUCGCCCAAUGUAUGGAAAGAACAAUGGUUGCAUUCGAAACAUACCGGAAAUGAAGUCUUCACAAUCAAACAUAGCAGAGUAUUAUUCAUCAAGUAACACAAAUAGUCCUGAUAUCCCCAUACCAUCAUGUUGGGAUAGUUGUAGAUGCCUUCCUUUGUCAAUUGUAGCCAAUUUAAGGGACAUGGUUGAUCUUUCCUUGCUGAGGGAUUUUUCCUUCAUCAUGAUAACUGUCGGGAUCAUUUUUGUCAUAACUGGGUAUUACGUUCCCUUUACGUACGUAGUGGACCACGCUUUACAGUCUGACAUUUCCCAAACUGAUGCUGCAAUUUUACUUUCUAUCAUAGGCAUCGCCAACACGAUAGGCAGAAUAGCAUUGGGGAUCUUGGUCGACAUUUUGAAAUUCGAUUGUCUUGUCAUUAACAAUGUGGCUCUGGUGCUGAGUACAGUUCUUCUCUUUGUGGAACCAUUUUGUAAAACCUAUUGACUUCUGGUAGCCUUUUCAGUAUUAUAUGGAUUCUCCGUAGCUGCUUACGUCUCAUUAACUCCUAUCAUUAUUUGUGACUUGCUUGGAUUGAAGAAACUUACAAAUGCCUUUGGACUCCUGACCCUGUCCAGAGGAGUGGCUGGUCUUUACGGCCCACCUGUAGCUGGAGCAGUAUUUAACUCCACAGGGUCCUAUAGAUAUUCGUUCUGGUUUGGAGGAGUAAUGUUUGCCCUCGGUGCUGUUUGCCAUCUGGUCCUUCACCUUCCCUGUGUCAAAAAGAGGGGAAAAGAGAACGUAUCUAGAGAGAUAGUUGUUACAGUUGAUACAAAGAGAGGAAAAGAGGACGUGUCUAGAGAGAUAGUUGUUACAGUUGAUACAAAGAGAGGAAAAGAGAACAUGUCUAGAGAGAUAGUUGUUACAGUUGAUACAGAGAGAGGAAAAGAGAACGUAUCUAGAGAGAUAGUUGUUACAGUUGUUACAGAGAGAGGAAAAGAGGACGUGUCUAGAGAGAUAGUUGUUACAGUUGAUACAGAGAGAGGAAAAGAGGACGUGUCUAGAGAGAUAGUUGUUACAGUUGAUACAAAGAGAGGAAAAGAGGACGUGUCUAGAGAGAUAGUUGUUACAGUUGAUACAAAGAGAGGAAAAGAGGACGUGUCUAGAGAGAUGUUACAGCUGAUACAAAGAGAGGAAAAGAGGACAUGUCUAGAGAGAUAG